GUCUGGGGUGGGUAGCCGUCACACCCGGAAGUGAAGCGCCUCUGUAACGGAGCGGCGGCGCGGCCGGCGGGGCUCAGAGUAGCCAGUUUAUUUUGGAGGAAAUCACUGCGUCGAGCCUGAGCAGCAGGUGCCAUUCCUUUCGCCGGUGAGAGGCGCGGACUGUGGGCACUCUUGCCAACGCUACGAUGCUUUCAGGAUACAGCUAUCGGCUGGGCUGACCAUGGCCCUUUCUGUGGAGACCGAGUCACACAUCUACCGAGCUCUACGCACUGCCUCUGGGGCUGCAGCCCACCUUAUGGCCCUGGGCUUUACCAUCUUUGUGACUGUGCUUGCCAGGCCUGGCUCCAGUCUCUUCUCCUGGCACCCUGUGCUUAUGUCUCUGGCUUUCUCUUUCCUGAUGACCGAGGCACUACUGAUGUUUUCUCCUGAGAGUUCCCUGCUGCGGUCCCUGUCUCGGAAGGUCCGAGCCCGCUGCCACUGGGUACUACAGCUGCUAGCUCUGCUGUGUGCUCUACUGGGCCUCAGCCUUGUCAUCCUCCACAAAGAACAGCUUGGCAAAGCACACCUGGCCACGCGGCAUGGGCAGACAGGGCUACUAGCCGUGCUGUGGGCAAGUCUGCAGUGCUCAGGGGGUGUGGGGCUGCUCUAUCCUAAGCUGUUGCCCCGAUGGCCCCUGGCAAAGCUCAAACUCUACCAUGCCACUUCUGGGCUGGUGGGCUACCUGCUAGGAAGUGCCAGCCUCUUGUUGGGCAUGUGCUCACUGUGGUUCACUGCUAAUGUCACUGGUGGAACCUGGUACCUGGCUGUGCUAUGCCCUGUCCUCACCAGUUUGGUCAUCAUGAACCAGGUGAGCAAUGCAUACCUAUACCGCAAAAGGAUCCAACCAUGAGCUCUUCCCAGCCAAGGGGAAUCCUGGAUUUGCACUUCAGCAUAGCAGUUGGAGCUGGGGACCUCCUGGACUCUUGCUGAUUGUGUCAGGGGACACUUCAGGUACUAGGGCACUCAGGGAUAGGAAAUCUGUGUGACAUUUUUGCUCCUUAUGCUAGAGUGCCUCCCUUUUUCUUUUCACCAUCAUUCUAGAGGAGCAUAGAUUGUGUGUCUGGAUGAAGCUGGGGUUGCAACACUGUCUCCCCAACUAUACAGCUUAUAUUUGUACUGCUAUGUCCAGAAAUUAUGGAGAGUAAAAAGUAAAAUAAAAAAAAAUUUACUAAAGACUGAUGGAAACAGCG